AUGACUCUCAAGCCAUGUACCCAUCUAGUAGCUGUGGUGGCUCUGCACCAGCGCGGCGAACGAUCCAAAGCCAUAAUCUCGACAUAUUUUGGGAGAGAGUCGGCGUGGUUUCGCGCCAAGACUCUUAGCUUAUUCAUUGAUUUUGCAUCGUGCGUUGGAGAGAAGACUGUAUGCCGCACUGCCACCCUCGACCCCUUCGUUGUCAUUCUCCACUUCCAUAUUUUUGACAGCUACGUGCGCCAUGUAGUCGAUUCGACGAAACAUGAAUAUGUACACAAUUAG